AUGGCGCAGAAGUUGGUGAAUUUUGGGCAAAGAAUCGCUGUCGCAACACCUCGUGUGGCCACUAGAUGGGGAUUUCAAGCGCUUGGUAAGACACUUUUUGAGUCGCCGAUAGUUUUGUGGUCAUUUGAUUCCGUUUAGCUUCCUCGUAUGGCGCGUUUUGUACGUAGUAUUGUUUGAAAGGCUAGCGGUCCAGCAAAUAUUAAACACCGUUUACACGCUCUCAUUCUUUAAUUACCAAAGUCUACUCAGAUUUAAGAGUAAAUUUUCCAUAAAACAAGAACACAUAACAACAUGCUGCGCUAUUUUUUUAAUGGAAGUUGUCAUCAGUGAUNUUGUGGGUAGUUUCUUCGCCGGUGAAGAUUCAAGAUGGCGCAGAAGUUGGUGAAUUUUGGGCAAAGAAUCGCUGUCGCAACACCUCGUGUGGCCACUAGAUGGGGAUUUCAAGCGCUUGGUAAGACACUUUCUGAAUCACCGAUAGUUUUGUGCUCGUUUUAUUCCGUUUAGCUUCCUCGUGUGGCGCGUUUUGUACGUAGUAUUGUUUGAAAGCUAGCGGUCCAGCAAAUAUUAAACACCGUUUACACACCCUCAUCCUUUAAUUACCAAAGUCUACUCAGAUUUAAGAGUAAAUUUCCCAUUAAACAAGAACACAUAACAACAUGCUGCGCUAUUUUUUUAAUGGAAGUUGUCAUCAGUGAUCACAAACGAGAAUUGGCAAAUAUUAUUCCUAUUUCACACCCCUCUGAUGUAAUUAAUGAUCUCCGAUAAGACUUUUUUUGCUACUGUGUAUACUUCAUGCUGGUUUCUGUUUAACAGAUUUCAUUCCACUGAAUUUUUGUUCAAUUGAAGAUCACCGUUGUUGUAAAAAUGUCAGUGGAGCAUUGUAAUAUGUCAUCUGGGGUGCCUAUAUUGUCUAUUUUGAAAUUUUAAUAUGUAAACAGGGGUGCCUGUUUUGUCUGUUUUCGGUAAAAUGUCUAUUUGAUGAAGCAUGUGUUUCUCAGGAAUUUCUUGUCCCGUUACUCAUACAUGUAUAAGUCCAAGGGCAUUUAUUUAAAACUUGAGUGGAAUGUUAUGGUAGUUUAUAUGAAGAAAGACAUCAUUGUAUUGGCCUUUCUUCAUAAUCAGUACAUUUUCCGCAAGUGGGGAAUUCUUGUAAGGUAAAAAGAAUGCUUACCUGUAUUAUUUUAAAUUAAAUCCCCAAUUUCUCUUCCAGGCUUGGCGAAGAAAGCACAGCCUCAUGCUACCAAAUUUUGGAACAAUGCUAAAGUUGAGAUGGCACCACCAAAGAUGUCAGAUUGGCCUGCCAUCAAGAAGAGCUUUAUGGGGCUGAAAGAUGCGGCCCUAGCUGGAAAGUUUGUGGAUGUAACUGUUAAACAAGCUUGUGUCAAUACUCUGGUAGCUGCUGAAAUUGCCUUCUGGUUUUAUGUUGGGGAAAUCAUUGGAAGAAGAAGUCUGAUUGGUUACAAUGUGUGA